AUGGGUUCUGAUUUUGUUCCCCUUGUUAAGUUGAUUGUUUCAAUUGCUUGGGGUCUUUUGGCUACUGCAGCCAUUGACCUUUUGCUUCUACCUUCUGCUUGCAGUUAUUGUAGGGGCAAUGAUCCUGGAAUGUGGUUCCAAGUCUUGUCUGGAAGGAUGGAAAGUGGAGUGAAUGGUGGUCCAGUUUCCACGCUUCUUCUGAGUUGUAAUGGUGAACUCAAUGUUUACCUUCAAAGGCUGAAGGACCAGUAUGAAGUGUCAUGUUCUUAUCAGGAAGUUGGAGAAAGCUCGUGUGUACAUAGAUUUCUAGUACUAGACGCAUUGAUUAGUCCUUUUUGCCAAACAAAAAUUUUAACAGAUACAUUAUCGGAUGGCAGUUGGCUUUUAAGGCAAUUGCUUCUUUAUAGUGAGACAGAGUUAAACACCUGUCAUCUUCAAUCCCUCAAGCUAUUGGAAGGGUUACAAAGUUCACUUAUCAUCUCAAAGAUACCUUCUUUUUCACAUACAAGUCAUAGAAGCCACAACAAGGUGGUGACCUUCAAACAUAGCUUCCAGGUUCCACUUGAAUACCUUCAAGAUUGCAAGUUUUUGCACAUUUUUGUCAAGUAA